AUGAGCAAUACGUAUUGUGAUCAGGUACCAUCUCUCCAACAAUUUCUAUCACAUUAGAUGUUUGAAGGUGUUGGGACCAUUGUACUCUUACAUGAUGGUAUUGGGCUUGAACCAUACUCACAGCAGCGCCAGGAACACUCUUUUCAAAUGGCCUCUCACAAUUUACAAUUAUGCCACACUAGCCGUUCUGGUGAGUCGCUCGAUCUCUGGUCGGUCCAUUUCAUGAAAGAUUUUUGUUAUAUGCCCUCUUCUUUCGAAUGUAAUCCGAACCGUCGGUGAAACUUGUGUUGACCACACUACAAAGUGGAACAUUUUCAUUUUAGACGGCCGCCACAAUUCGGCGCAUUUCGCAAAUCAAACAGAAGUCGUCGACAAGCGACGAAAAAGACGCUGCGUUCCAUGUGCUAAACCCGACAUUUGUACUCACAUUGUGUCAUGCUCUGCUAAUGUUCAGGUUAUGUUUUCUCUCAGUUAUACUCCCGGGAGAAGGAACAAACAAAAACCCUCCCCACUCCGUCCGUUUCGCUUUCUGAUUGACCAAUAAAUACGGAGUUCUGAAUGUUGUCCGGAUUGGCAACGCUAACCUACACGUGAAGGGGAAAAUGAGAAAAUGAUCAUUGGCAUUUAGAGCUAAGCGGGGGCUUUUUCGACCAAACAAAGAGCCCUUUUUCAUGUUCGAAUUUCAGUGGCCUCGCUGCCGCGUUUCUACUGCUCAAGCUGCAGAAGCAACGAGAGAAAAUGUAUCACGUGAGUGAAAUUAAAAACGACGAAAAAAAGGGCUGCGUGACCGGUCAAAUGAUUCAGGUGCUCGACCAGGGUCUCGGAAGGAAUAGAAGUGAAGAGCAUGAUAGCCAUCAUUUUAAGUUGAACAAGUUAUUCAUAUCAAUUAGUUUCUCAUUCGCCGCUGCACUUUCUUUUGUACAAAUUGGUAAAAAAAAUAGGAUCGAAAUGAGAUGCAGAAAUACAUCAACGUUCCAGCAACUAAACUCAAAUAUCUCGAUUUACCUGAUACACCAGACUUGAUAAACAGAAAGAUCUACUUUAUAAUCCUCGAAGGAUAUGUGGUAAGAGACUAGACUGUCUAUGACACUUCACUUUUCAUUGCAGAUUUUCAUUGCUUCCAGUUGCAUCUCGCUGGUGGCCAUUUUAUUCUUCCAACUAUGCAGAAUUCUCCAGUUCUCUAUCGGUCAGCUCAUUGAGGAAAUGGUUCCGAAAGAGAAAGAGGAGUGUCCUUUACCCGAACAGUCAUUGCAACAAAUUCAUGACGUUCAAAUACACUAUCAAGAAAUCUCAAACGCAAAACAGUACAUCGAGCAGAACUUUUCAUUUUCUCUUUUUUAUACCUAUGGAUGUUGCAUUCCUCUAACUUGUCUUCUCGGUUACAUUGCUUUUCGAAAUGGCUCUCAGGUAAAAUUCGGUUUGUUAACCGGAAACACGAAAAUGUUUUCUUCAAGGCUGAUAUGGCGGAGACGUUUUCGGUUGCCAUUUGGCUCACAAAUACCAUGCUGGCACUCAUGCUCUUCUCAAUUCCAGCUUUUAUGAUAGCCGAAGAGGGUGACAAACUGCUCACAGCGUCGUUUAAAAUGUAUCAUGAAACUUUGUGCGAAGAAAGAGAUCUUCUAGUUUUGUCUCAAAUGAGUUUCCUGUCAUUCCAAAUGCACGCCACCAAACUGACGCUCACCGCUGGUAACUUCUUCAUGAUGAACAGGAAAAUUAUGAUCAGCGUACGCCUAGGCACAGUUUUCGAUAACAAGUAUCCAAUUAUUAUAGUUGUUCUCCGCGAUUUUCACAUAUUUCCUCAUCCUGGUGCAGUUCGACGCCGAGAAAGAGCGAGCAGGAGAGUGCAACAAUCAGUCGCGAGUGCUCAUUGUUCAGCCGCCCACCUAA